UUGUUUUUAGGGAGGGCGACAAACUUAUAAUAUACGCUCGAGCUGGCAUAUCGAACUGAAAACGUCAACAAUCCACGUUGGAGCCUGCGAAGAUCCUUAGCGUCAGCCGAACAAAAUGAACCGGAAUGGAGGCGGAAGAGGGGCAGCCUCUACAGAGGACAUGCUGGAAUCAGAAAAUAACAGAUUAUCAGAGAACCUAGCGUCAAAAGUUUCAACCUUAAAAUCGCUUGCUCUAGACAUAGAGAGUGAAACAAAUGAUCAGAAUAGAUACCUCGAUGGAAUGGAUGGUGAAUUUGAUAGUACGCAUGGGUUACUUGGAGGAACCGUGAAGAGAUUUGAUCAGAUGCUGAAAUCAGGAAAACACAAUCGCAGGCUUAUGUGCUAUCUCAUACUUACUUUAUUAUUCUUAUUUGUUCUGUUCUAUAUGUUAAUAGGCCAUGUAACUGGCGGUUAAAUUCUAACUGGGGCGGUUAAAUUCAAAAUUGAAUAUAUAUUUAUUUAUAUUUUUAAUAAUUUACAUGUAAAAGAAUUUAUCAGUUUAGAUAAUGAAUACCACCAGUUUUAAAGGUUUAGUUUAGAAAGAACAGAGUAUUGUAACCACUCAAAACUAAUAUAAAAUGCACAAAUCAUACAUUUUAUUAAACACUUUGAAUUCAUUUAUUGUUCAUUAUUGUUGAUCAGUGGGUUAUGUUAAUGUGACAAAUAUAAGGCAUUCCUGUCCAUUACUGCAGGAUUUGUUACCAGGAUCAGCAAGAAUGAUGCGUUCUCCAAGAAUUGUCUUUAAUUAUCAAAUUAAAUUAUGUAAUUAAUAAUACAUGGAUUGCAUUGAAUGCAUCUAGGGCAUGUAUGUUGCAUUGUUAGAAAACCUGUACAACAUUUUGAUGUAUGUUUUUUAUUUUAUAUUGGUGUAACAGGCCCCAAAAUAUAGGGUAUAGGUUAGGAAUUUUUUUUUUUUUUUACUGCCACAAUAUUUUGCAUAGACCUUGAAAUCUAUCUAUAAAAUCAAUUAAAUAAGCCUUU